GCCCUUGCUAUUCUGGACAUCCUGCAACUGCUCAGCAUCUACCAUGGGGAACCCCGCUUCGAGGCUUGGCUGCUUGGGGGAGAGGAGGAGCCAUUCACACACCAGCCCUAGAACCCACACUAGCCCCAGGACCCAAGGGGAUCUCUCUCCAUCUGCAGCUCCUCAGGGCCCACUUCCACCAGGGAUCCCCUGGGCCUGGUGGAGCUCCCAUGCUGUGCAGGUAACAGAGGUCACAGAGACAGUAGUGACAGAGGCUGUGGAGAUGGGGCCCUGUAGGCCAAGAAAGCAGCCAGCCCAGGCAUCCCUAGCAACCCUGGACACAUUGUGCAGCUGGCUGGAUGGCAUGGAGGAACUACAGGCCUCACAGGGACCCCUGGCUGCAGAUGCCACUUUGGCUGCUUCCCAGUUGUGGGAACAAGAGGUACACCUCCCCUCCAACCUCAUGCGCUUGCUGAGGGAAUGUGCACCUCACAUGGAGCCAAGAUUGCAAGAGGCUGGGAGCCCAGCAGCAAUGUACACACAAUGGUACCACCUGAUACAACAGGCAGAAGCCAGGUGGAGGCUCCUGGAGCAGCUUGUCCUGGCAGCACAGAGUUUUGAAACAGCCUACAAGGCUCUGCUGAUGCAGCUGAGCCCGAGUGAACAGCUCAUGGCUGAGCUGGAGCUGGGGCCCAAGUGCUCUGAGGAAUCUUUGCAGGACUUGCAAGAGGUAUUCAGAGGGGUUGUGGCAAGUGCCAAGGACCUGGAAAUUUUGGAGACUGGCCAGAGGCUGGCAGAGGUCCUCACAAACGACCAAGCUCAGCUGGUACGGCUACAGCUGGAUCACUUCCAAGAGCGUGUGAGGUUGACUGAGUCACAAGUCGCCCGUGCCCAGCAGAAGCUGCUGUCUGCUCAAAGAACAGUGUCCCCCAAGUCCUCACCAACAGCAGGCUUGGAGGCCCAGCUUGAACUGGAGGGGUCUGCCUCAGCACAUCCAGGGCUCAAGGAUCAGAAGCAGCUGAAUGUCCAGCUGGCCCAGCUAGCAGAGUGUCUUGAACAGUUGGCACAGUUGGCCACCCACAGUGACCAUCUGGGAUCAGAGGCCCUCGUCAGUUGGUCAUGUUUCUCCCUAGCUGUGUUUCAGGUGGACACGAAGCCCCUGGAAGGGCAUUGGUUAGAGACUCAAGAGCAAGACACUGGGCUGAAGGCCAUUUGGAAGCCAGCUGUGCAGAUCUUGUGUGGCCUCAUGGAGCAGGCAGCCAUUGAAGAGCUGAGUGACUGGAAUUCAGCCUUGCAGGAGUUCCUGUGGGGAGAGCAAACCCUGGUGGUGUCAUGGCUAAGGAGAGGAGACAUUGUCUGUGGGAGCACCCACCACUUGGGCUUGCUGAUGGACCUCCUGGGCUGCCAGGAUGCCGUGUUUAGCUCCUCCUGUGAGAGGUGAAUACAUACCCUGGAAGGGAUGCUGCUGCUUGUGGGCCACCUUGUAGAGAAGCUGGUCUUGUGCUCUCAAAGGCUGACCCAGGCUGAACACUUGGGGACCAAGGUGGUAGAAGCCCAGAGCUGGGUGCUAGAGGAGCUGCCUGGGGUCCUGAGCCUAAAGUGCUGGACUCAAGCCCCAAGGCAGACUCUGAGGAGUCUUGACCAGGGGACACCUGGGUAUCUUGGGAGUAGAGCUAAGGCUUGCCUCCUGGGGAAGAUUUCAGAAGAACAGAGCUGGAGGCCUUGGUGGGCAGAUAUCAUCAUGGAGAGUUGGAGUCAUAAGAAGCCAGAGCAUAGCAAGAGGAACCAGGAGAAAAGCGACCAGUGGGUACAGAUGGAACAGGGCCACCAAGAGCAGGACCUUGUGGACAGCUUCCUGGCAGAUGAGGAGCAGGGCAGGGACGGACAAGGCUGGUCUGGCUAUACCUGGGAGAAAUGUGGGUCUGACUGCAAGCAUCCUGCCGUGUUGGAGCCAGGGCUUCCCAACAGCCAACACGGUGUGGUCAAAACAAGGAACACAGAAGGGACAAGUACACCAGUGGCCAGAGGCAGGCCCAAAGUCCAAGGAGCCUUGGCUACAAGAGGAACCCUGAUGGUUCAUGUUGGAGGUGGUUGGGCAGCUCUAGAGGAAUUUCUGGUCAAAAACAACUCAGUCAGAGCAAAGGGCAGGACCAGCCAGGAGAUCCAUGAGAGGUUCCUAUGCUGGACUCCUAGUGUGCCGGCCCCUGAAGUCAUCACCCUGGGGCUCUGGACCUCUAUCCAAAUGGGCUCUAGCUGGCCCCUGUCACAGAAGACAGGAAGGCAAACUGGCAAAGAACACAGAGACCCCAGCUCCUACAAGGUCAGAACCCCGGAGCAGCCCACUGAGGAGAAACCAUGAAGACUCCAAGAUCCAGCAGACAGGGACAAGAAACAGAAGCAGAACUUGCUCAGGGACUGAGCAGGAGCUGUGGCCACAUAGUCCCUGCAGACAAGGUGGGGUUGUGGCUUCCACUCUGAGCAAUAAAGAGGGGUUAGGGGAACAGAAA